AUCAGAAUAGUUUUUCUUUGCAGCUCUUUGAGUCAGAGAAUGGAAAACAGCACUGUCUCUUUUUACUUUAACUUCACCAUGUUCAUGAGAAUCGGACACUACCGUUAUGUCGCCUUUGUCUUUUUCCUCCUGUUGUACAGCUUCAUUGUUUGUGCUAAUGUUCUCAUAAUAUGGAUAAUACUGCGGGAGAGCACACUGCACAAGCCCAUGAAUGUGUUUAUUGCUUUUCUGUCUGUCAACUCUUUGUAUGGUUCUGCUGGUUUCUUCCCCAGAUUCCUCAUGGACCUCCUGUCUGAUACUCAUUUAAUCUCACGUCCUGCUUGUUUCACUCAGAUUUAUAUUAUUUACACAUAUGCUUCCUAUGAACUGACCAUCCUGAGCAUCAUGGCUUAUGACAGAUAUGUUGCUGUGUGUCAUCCUUUACACUAUCACAGAAAGAUGACUUAUAAAACUGUCUACAGUUUGGCAUUUUUUGCUUGGGUCUUACCAGCUUGUAACCUUUCAAUAAGCAUACAUAUGAUUGUCAGGCUUCCUUUAUGUGGCAACAAAAUAGAGAAGAUAUACUGUGCCAGCUGGAAUAUUGUAAAAUUGUCAUGUGUUUCUGCUGCUGUUAGCAAUAUUGGUGCUAUGCUGGGAGCCAUAGCUAUAACCGUCCUUCCUUUUGGUUUUAUCUUGUACACUUAUCUCCGAAUUGUGCUUGCUUGUUGGAAAAACUCAUCAGAGGUCAGAGGAAAAGUGUUACAGAGUUGUCUUCCGCAUGUUAUUUCCUUUGUUGUUUAUUCUGUCACUUCAUUUAGUGAUACAGCUCUGAGCCGGCAAAACCUUCAAAAGGUUAAUCCAUUUGUUGCUGUAAUUCUGUCAAUAGAAUUCAUCAUCAUUCCUCCAUUUGUGAAUCCUCUUGUGUAUGGACUUAAAGUGUCAGAGAUUAGAAGACACAUUUUCAGGACUUUAUGCUCAAAACCCGGAAGUAAAAAGAUUUCCUGCAGACCUUUAAGAGACUCAACAAAUGUGUUGCAAACAUUUUGUGCUGUGAAUGAAACAUCUACAGAGCAAAAUGAUGCAUAAAACCCAUGAUUGAUAUCUGAGGCAGAGUAUCUGAUGAAAUCAUUAAUUUGACUUGAAUAAUAUGAUAAUGGAC